GACCUAAUAAGGUCAUGCACACUGCAGGAGACCUACAUAAAAGUGAGAACACUUGGGGGACUUUGCAGGACACUGGGGAGAGAGAGAAGGCAGGAGCUGUCCAGCCAGCGUUAAGGAACACACGAAGGUGACCAUGGCUAAGGAGUGGGGCUACGCCAGCCACAACGGACCGGAGCACUGGCAUGAACUGUAUCCAAUCGCGAAGGGGGACAACCAGUCACCCAUCGAACUGCAUACUAAAGACAUUAAGCAUGACCCAUCUCUGCAGCCAUGGUCAGCAUCUUAUGACCCUGGCUCUGCUAAGACCAUCCUAAACAAUGGGAAGACCUGCAGGGUUGUGUUUGAUGAUACCUACGACAGGUCCAUGCUGAGGGGUGGUCCUCUCUCUGGACCUUACCGACUUCGGCAGUUCCACCUUCACUGGGGCUCCUCAGAUGACCAUGGCUCUGAGCACACAGUGGAUGGGGUAAAGUAUGCUGCUGAGCUUCAUCUGGUUCACUGGAAUCCAAAGUAUAACACCUUCGGAGAAGCUCUGAAGCAGCCAGAUGGAAUUGCUGUAGUUGGCAUUUUUCUGAAGAUAGGACGGGAGAAAGGCGAGUUCCAAAUUCUCCUUGAUGCCCUGGACAAAAUUAAGACUAAGGGCAAAGAGGCUCCUUUCACGCACUUCGAUCCGUCCUGCCUGUUCCCUGCUUGCCGGGACUACUGGACCUACCAUGGCUCCUUCACCACGCCCCCCUGCGAGGAGUGUAUCGUGUGGCUGCUGCUGAAGGAGCCCAUGACCGUGAGCUCAGACCAGAUGGCCAAGCUGCGCAGCAUCUUUGCCAGCGCAGAGAAUGAGCCCCCGGUGCCUCUGGUGGGGAAUUGGCGCCCUCCGCAGCCGAUCAAGGGCAGGGUGGUGAAGGCUUCUUUCAAGUGAGGCUCUGGGCUUGCCCUCUUCAGGAAAGGAAACCGGCGCCCAAGAGCCCACUUGCUUCCUCCUGGUGCCCCCC